AGUUGAUUUGAGGUAACAAAUUAAGUAUGGCUUUUACGUCAGUAAAGGCCAUAGUGCUCAUACAAGUAUUAGCAUUAGUAGUAGCCUCUUUCUCAGAGCUCAGCUUUGGUGAAGUCACUGAAAAUUCGUCAUUAGACAAUCAUGAGGACAAUGAAAUCAUCUCAACCAAAGGGUUCGGGUUUGGGUUUGGACGCCUUCCUAAGAGAAGUCCCUCUACCCCUACACCUGUUAAACGGCCAUCACCUUCACCAUCACCACCAGCUAAGUCAUCACCACCACCAUCACCACCAGCUAAGUCACCACCACCACCUUCAACUUCACCACCACCACCAACUCAAUCACCACCGCCACCAACACCCUCACCGCCACCACCCUCACCAUCACCACCAUCACCGCCUCCACCAGUUAAGUCACCACCACCACCACCAUCACCACCUACUCAGCCACCAAUAAACAGACCGCCGCAGCCAUCACCACCUACUCAACUUCCAAUAAGGAGACCACCACCGUCACCACCAGUUACUCAGCUACCAAUAAGGAGAACACCACCGCCAUCACCACCAACUAAUAAACCACCUAUCAGGUCAUCACCACCACCACCAACUGAUUAUGAUGAGCCGCCAAACAUCGAGCCACCCGUUGAUCAGGAGCCACCGCCUGUUUCUCAUGACCCUCCAUUUGUUGAGCCACCACCAACUAAUCAACCACCUAUUAAACCAUUUCCACCAACUCUAAGUCCCCCAUUUAUUCCACGAAUCACACCACCGGUUAAGCUUCCACCGCCGACAAUUCAUCCCGCCGGAAAGCCUCUAAUCGUCGUCGGCCGUGUUAAUUGCAAAUCUUGCAGUAGCAGAGGGCUUCCUUCUCUCUUUAAAGCCUCCCCACUCCACGGAGCUUCAGUGAAGCUAGUGUGUCACAAUAAUGGAAGGAAGGCAAAUGUUCAAACAGCAUUGACAGACAAGAAUGGUGAUUUCUCUAUCACACCCAUAUCUUUAGCCAAAGCAGAUGUACACAAAUGCAGAGUAUACUUACUGAAAUCACCCAAACCAAUUUGCAAUGUGGCAACAAAUUACAAUAAUGGAAAAUCUGGUGCUGUAUUGAAACCUAUCCUGCCACCUGGUAAUCAUGCCCCAAUGUUUGAUUUCUUUGGUGUUGGGCCUUUUAUAUUUGAAGCCCCCAACAAAUUCCAAUGCAAAAAGUAAAAAUGGAGCUCUUCAAUAUUAAUGGAGUACUUAGCUAGGAAAAUAAA